AAUAUGGGAAUUUAUAUAUAACAAUAAGAAGAUUUAUUGAUACCUAAAACAUUUUUUAGUGGUAGAGGAUUAUACAAUGAAAAAAAAGUCAGAAGCAUGGUGAAUGGAAAGUGUUAAGUCAGGAAUUCUGUGAUUAUUUUUAAGUUAUUUUUUAUGGUGAAUACUAAGAUGGCAGAAAGGUUGGUAGAUGGGAUAUUUUGUAUAAAAAGUUUGAAUUAAUGUAGAAUAUAAAAUAGCCUUAUAUUCUAUAAAAUUAGUUAUUGGACUGAGUUGAGCGAUAGAUUUUUGAAUCAAUCAGAAGUUAUUUCUCGUGGUUAAUAUAAGAAUGGCAAAAGAGUUGGCAGAUGGGAUAUUUUGUUGAUGAUAACUAAAAUUGCUACUUUCUUUCAAUUGAUGUAAAGUUUUAGUUUGAGCUCAUUCUUAGUGAUGGUGGAUUUUAUCCUGAAAGUAGUCGUUUAAAAGGAGGAUAAUGGAUUGAGUUGAGUGAUGGAUUUUGGUUUGAUUAAUAAGUUACCCUUUAAGGUGAAUAUCAAAAUUGUAAAAAUGUCGGUAGGUGGAAUAUUAAUUAUCGUAAUCGAUGUUCAAAUAAAAAUAAUUAGAUGUAAUAAAUUAAAUUCCAAAUAUAUUUUAGUGGUGGAGGAAUAAAUUUUAGAUAUUUACAAUUUCAAAAUUUCUAAUAAUAAUUGAUUCGAUAAAAGAUAGCAUCUUCAUUUUUCCCUAUUCAUAUCAAAUUUGAAUUAUUUAUCUGUUUCUCCUUUAUAUUAUUGAUUCUUAUAAGCUUAUUGAGAUCAAUUACAUGUAAAGCUUUUUGUAAAUCAGACAUUAUUUCCAAGGAAACUUAUUUUAUUAUACAUCGUACCAAUUCUAUAUUUAAGGAAAUAAUUUUUCCAGUAGAUUUUCAUUUGCUUUUAAAAUUCUUUCGAUUAAUUUUUCUUUGA